CUGCUUUGACAUUAUAAGUGUUUGACAGAAUUAAAAACAUGUAUCAGUUUUCCGAUUCGGAUUCUGUGGACUCGGAUGAAGGUAUUCGUUAUAAAACAGAGAGUAUAAGGAAUAAGAAACCUAAUGACAAAAGUAAAGAACGUAAAAAAGAAAGUUACCGUCACAGAGAAAGAAAUCGUUCAAGAUCUAGAUCUAGAAGCCGUCAUCACACAGAAAGAAGAAAAUUGAAAAAACAAAAGAAAGAUUAUUCUCCUGAAGAUAAAUCAAACAGAAAAUCUAGUAGAAGUAGACACAGGGAAAGCGAUACCUCAAAUGAUAAAAAACGCAGAAAAGAGAAAAUAAAAGAUAAAAAGGAAGAAUCAAUACCUUACAAAAAAGACACAGUUUUAUUACCAGUAGAAGAAAAACCUACUGAAGAGCAUUCAAAUGUAAUAACUAGUGAAGAAUUUGGUCCAAGUCUCCCCAAAACAGAAAGUACUAAUAACGAUAAAGAACAACCAGCUUUAAAACCUGUAGAAGACGACUCACAAAAUCUUCCAAUUGGCCCAAUUUUGCCGUCAGAGACGAGUACUCCAACAAAAUCAGAAAAUGGCGAUGAAGAACAAUCUCAAAAUGGAAACACUUUUGGUCCUCAACUGCCGCCUCAUCUACUUAAACCCGUCGCAGAAGACAAUUUAAUCGGUCCAGUAUUACCACCACAUUUUGUAACAGUGUCGUCCUUAGACGAUGACAGUUCUGACACUCAAGAUAAUGGGGAAAGCAGUAACCAGAAUAAUGUAAUAGGUCCAACUUUACCACCCCGUCUGUUAAAAAAUGAAGAAGAAAACGUUAUUGGACCUGCCCUACCUCCACAUCUCCAGCAACAAUCACCAGGGAAAGAGGAAGACGAAAGCGAAGAUGUGUAUGGGCCUGUACCUGCUGGAGCACAGUUUUCACAGGCUCACAUAGAACUGGAAGAAAGGGCAUUGAAGAUGAAGAUGGAUCAGUUGGAUUCAUCGGAAAAUAAGCAGCCUGUUAGAGAGGAGUGGAUGCUGACGUUACCAGAAGCCAAAGCGGCCAGUUUCGGAUUGGGGCCACGGCAGUUUAGGCGCAAGGCUGGACCAGACCUGUCUGAUAGAUCUUCGUGGACCGAUACCCCAGAAGACAAAGCUAAAAAGAAACAAGGCAAGAUAGAACCAGUAAUUGACCUCAAGAAGGAAGCAGAAUUGAAGCACAUCCAUAGUAGAAAUUUAGAACAGGAGAAAAUUGCAAAAGAACAUAAGAAGGAAAAAGAUAGUUUGUUGGAAAUCCACCGGAAGAAGUUGAAAAAUGAGAAGAAUGAAAGCGGUCCUAGCGAAAGGAGACCAUUCAGCAGAGAAAUAGACCUGCAAGUCAACCGUUUCGAUGAGGCGCAAAAGAAGGCAGUUCUGAAAAAAGCUCAAUUACUGGAUAACAGAUUCUCAUCGGGGGAGUCCAAGUUUUUAUAAGUUACGUCCCAAGUACAAAGAAUAGGUACAUGAUACUCUCAAUACAUGUUCUUCAUCCUUGACCACUUUAUUUCAUCAUUAAAAAUUACGUUGUGAAAUUCCAUCACAUGUAUUCUGCCCUGUUUAUUCAAAAAGUUUUAUCUGCACUAAAAUAUGUUUUUUAUGGCUCCUGACAUCGAAGAAAUAAAUAUUGUAAUAUAAACUAUGGGCGGAACUGAUUGUGUAAAUAGCAGUAACUGCAAAUAUUAGUGUGAAAAGGGUUCUAUUAAAACAUAUCGACUAUUCAAAACAGUUCUGAGUGUGAUUGAGUUGUAACCUACAAGGUAUAUGUUAUUUCCAAAAUGUCAUUGUCAGUGCCUACUGACACAGCAUUGUUUUGUACCUACUGCUUGAAUGACCUACUAAUUGUAGAUCCUAUGAAAAGAUUACUUGUUUUCACACUAGGCCAGCGGUCUUCAAACUUUUGCGACUUGUGGAACACCUAAAAAAAUUUUCGAACACAUUUUUUACUGAUUAUAA